AUGUCGCAGGAAGAAGCAGAGUCCCGGUUCGACUUCAACGAAGGCACCGGUGUAACAUUGGGCGCCUUGCCCUGCUUCACUACCGUGUCCACUCGCGGAGCUGCUGGCAAGGCGCUGGAGGCGGCAUUGGAGCCACUUCACCGCAUCGCCUACGGUCGUGCCGGCAACAAUGGCAAGCGCCGCGCUGCCCUCGCCGGCUUCAAGGGAUUCCCGGCGUCGAUGGAGGCGGAGGUAGCGGAGAAGAUUGCGAAGCUGACGAAGGACCGUCUUCGCGAUGUUAUCAAAGCCCUCGGUAUCAACGUGCACAUCUCGCUCUCGCAUGCCGAGGUGGCGGCUGGGGUCACGAAGUUCUUAAUGGCCCCGCGCAACGAUGGCAAGUUCAAGGGCAGCAGCUCGGCAGCAGCCAAGUCCAAGAAGGUGUCACCGGUGAAGCGGCCCGCGCCUGCCGGCCCAGAUGACGAGUCAGAGGUAAAGAAAUCGCGCCCAGAGCCGCCAGCACUUUCUUCUGCAGCGGCGGCGCCUGCGGCCUCCUCUGUGUCUGCCGCCUCCGCCGGCCCGUCGGAUGACGCAGUGCUCGUCGAGGUCUACCGCCGCGUUCUCGCCAUGACUCCUGAAGACCGCGCGGUUCUCGGGGUCAAGGCGCUCCGCACCAGCCUAGAGGAGCACUUUAAGCUGGCCGCCGGCGGUCUGCGCCACAAGAAGGGCAUCAUCACCACCGCGGCCUCUGAGUGCGUGCGUGCACUCAAGGAGGCGGAGAUGCGGGCGGCGGCGGCCGCUGUGCAGAGCGUCAGUGACGCGCUUUCUACCCCCUCUCCCACGAGUGCAGAGCAAACGGCGGCCCCUGUGCCUUCUGCACCCGAGAUGCUCGAUAGCACUGCACCGGCCCCCGUUGCGUCGCCGGCACCCUGA